GAUAACCUUUGCAACUUUCCACGGCCUCAUCCCACGGCAGCGACUCUCGAUUUCGAACCUCAUCGAGACCCAACCAUAUCCGGAGGCAGACUUUCGGAUCGAUCGACAUUCCAUACCGCAAAAAUGGCGGACCGCGAGCAACCCGUAACGUUGCGAACACGCAAAUUCAUCCGCAAUCCUCUCCUCGGCCGAAAGCAGAUGGUCGUGUAAGUGUGCCAUCUCUCAAUUCAUCAAUUCAUCCAUCCAGCACGAGAAAUCCGACCUCCUGCGAUCAGGUCGACCUGUCGACACGCGUACCCAAGCAUCUGCGAGGCACUGAAGGCUAAUGGCGAAAAUAGUGACAUCCUUCACCCAAACCGCGCCAACAUCUCCAAAGAUGAGCUCCGUGAGAAACUCGCCGGAAUGUACAAGGCCAGCAAAGAUCAAGUCAACGUAUUUGGUCUCCAGACACAAUUCGGUGGUGGAAAGACGACUGGUUUCGCUCUGGUCUACGAUUCGCCUGAGGCCUUGAAGAAAUUCGAGCCACACUUCAGACUGGUUCGUGUUGGAUUCGCCUCAAAGAUCGAGAAGCCAAGCAGACAACAACGUACGUUGACAUCUCCCGCGAAGUGCCGCGCAGCAGGUAGUAUGCAAUUGAUGCUAACACAUCCACAGGCAAGCAACGCAAGAACAGACAAAAGACUCUCCGCGGAACAGCCAAGGUCAAGGGUGCCAAGAAGAAGAAGGAUUCAUAGACGGAUCGCCUUCUCUUGUGCUGGCUGGAGAUGGAG